AUGGACAACGCCGACGUUGAAGCUACGAAAAUGUACAUUACGUACAACAACAUUCACCAGUUGUGUCAGGAGACCUCUGAAAAGAUCAAGCAGUUCAAGCCUGACUUGAUCAUCGCCAUCGGUGGUGGAGGAUUCAUCCCAGCUCGUAUGUUGAGAACCUUCUUGAAGGAGCCAGGCCAGCCUAACAUCAGAAUCAUGGCCAUCAUUUUGUCUCUUUACGAGGAUAUCGAGACCGUUGGAUCUCAGGCUGAGCAGGUCGGCACUCAGGUUGUCAGAACCCAGUGGAUUGACUACGCUCAAUCCAAGGUGGACUUGGUCAACAAGAACAUUUUGAUCAUUGACGAGGUUGACGACACUAGAACCACUUUGCAUUAUGCUGUAUCUGAGUUGAAGAAGGACGUCACUGAGCAAGCCAAGGCUAAGGGUGCCAACCCUGAAGACACAAAGUUCGGCAUUUUUGUUCUUCACGACAAGGACAAGACCAAGAAGGCUGACUUGCCAGAUGAGAUCAUGAAGACUGGCAACUAUUUCGCCGCAAGAACUGUGCCAGAUGUGUGGAUCGCUUACCCAUGGGAGUCCGAUGACAUUGUCUACCAUACCAAGAGAGCUGUGGAGCAAGGCAACGACGUGUUUCUCCCUUCUACCACGGAGCAGUAA